UUGGACGGCACGCAUGUAAUGUAAAUUGACGUCUUCUCUGUUUGCUGUCUUUGGUGUUUACGAGCUGAUUUAAAAAAAAUGGUUCAUCGAAACUCGAAAGCUUUGUUUCUGUAGAUGCUGGGGGUGCUUAUUUUGAAACCCAGUGCGCAGUAAGAAAUGGGCAAUUUAACCGUUGUGUGAGUGUCACCUAAGUGCGCUGUCAUCCCUGCAUGCGUCGAAGGUAGUGCGAGCGGCAGCCGCUAGGGGCGCUGCGGCAGCCAGCAGGCGUCAGCCUGUCCCGUUGCGCACAGAUUAGUUGGCGCUCGGCGGCGCUUGGUUGGGGUUAUUGGUGCGAGGUGUGGUGUGGUGUGGUGUGGUGUGGUGCAGUGCUGUUACCGAAACAGGCAGCGCCAUGAGCUUCACCAUGACGUUACCGACAGCUUUGGUCAUCGCCAUGGCGACGCUCGGCUGUGCGCCCAGUGCUGGUGGCACGACCAACCUCUCGGGAUACUUCGACUCCCUCUCCUUCAGCGAGGCCAAAACGUCCAACAACUAUAAUUCCUCAUCCAGCUUCAAUCCUCUCGGAAUGGGUCAUCUCUACUACGUCACUAAUUAUUUCAUUGACCUGGUCGUCAAGAAAGAUUUACUACCGGAAGGUUCAAAGAAGCAUAUUGAGUCAUUGCUCCGAAGUGCAGUAGGCCCACCUCGUGCGAACACAAUUAUUCGUUUUGACAGCAGAUACAUAGAAGAGGACCAGUUUUAUCUGGAUUGGGCACAUCUGCAGCCAUUGUUGAGCUUCCAUGCUGGCACAUUAGCAGUGGUUAGUGUGGGUUUGCUGUUUGCUCUGGUGAUGCCCUUAGCUGGACUCAUCCUCUGUUGCUGCCGAUGUUGCCGUUCUUCACGACGCCCCCGAACUGAAAAGCACAGAGAUGGAUGCCGGCGUUUAUUAUAUGGUACAUUAUUGGCAGCUGUUGCAACAAUAAUAUUGUUCGGUGUUGUCUGUGCAUUUGUUACAAAUGCGUACAUGGAAAAUGGAAUUAAAGCUUUGCCCAGGAAGUUAAAUACUGCAUUGGACGACUCUCAGCUGUAUUUCACAAAUACAAAACUGGAAGUCAGCACUUUGUUGGUAACAAAUUAUGAAGAGCUUCAGGAAACAGUCAGCAAAGCUUUGAGUUCCUGUGGAAAGCUACUGGCAAGUGAGCUUGCAGAAGAAUCCCAGGCUGUGGUUUUAUCUAAUCUCACUCUGUUGGUGGCUGAUCUCCCAGUUGUUCAAGCGGAACUCAAGAAAACUCAAGAACUUACAAAGUCAUUACAGAGCAGUGCAGUUCAACUCCAGCAUGAAUUAUCAGAAAUUCGAGCAGAGUUGGAGGAAAUGCUGAGAAACUGUAGUACCAAGCCUGCCUGUCAAAAUGCUGUCACAAGUCAGAAUAUACAAAAUCUUAAUACUACAGCAGAUUUUACGAAUCUACUUGACAGAUACUUUCCAAAGCUACCUAACAUGAAUGAGAGCCUGGAUGCUGUUGAAGAAUUAUUAGCAGAUGGUAUUAUAGAAAAUGUAAAAAAAGGAGCAAACUCCUUUGAACAAAUGAUGAUAGAUAUAAAUGAAUCUGUAAAUAAAAGUAAACUGGAUAUAGAAAACACCAUGGGAGAUGCAGGUGUUGCUAUUCAGGAUAAAGCUGACAAAAUUUCAAAAAUGGUCGAGAAACUUAAUGAUGAGAUUAAUAAUAGUGUAAGAAAACCUAUUACCAAUAAUUUGCAAAAGGGAAUUGAUGAUUACAGCCGAUACAGAUACUACAUUGACAUAUCUGUGAGUUCAGUGGUACUUGUAGUAUUGCUGUGUAUGACACUGGGACUUUUUUAUGGUUUUUGUGGCAAACGACCUGACGCCAUGUUCAAUGAAGAUUGUUGUAACAAAGGCACUGGUGCAAGUUUCUUAAAACUUGCUGUGUGGGUUAUGUUCCUGUUCUCAACAGUUUUAAUGCUGGUAACUUCAGCACACUUUGUGGUUGGAGUAAUACUCCAGCGAGCAGGUUGCGAUACACUACAAAAUCCUGAGGACAGCCAAGUAUUUGCACUGAUUGAUAAGCAUGUGGAUGUCGCUAGUAUAUUUCCAUCCAAUUCUAGUAACAUUACCCUAAGCUCUAUCGUAAUGUCAUGUCAUAUGAAUGAGAGUUUGUUUGGAGUACUUCGAGUAUUGGAUGCUGUAAAUAUAGCAGAGAUUAAGAAUUUUUCAGAGAAGUUCAGGAUUGAGGAAAAAAUCCGUGCCUUGGAGGACAGCAUAAAAAUUGGUGAUGAUGUAAAUUUUGUUAUACUGGAUGAAGAUGCCAGAAAAGAUCUUGAGAGUUUAAAAAACUCUCCACUAAAUUAUAUUAAUUUCACAGCAUUUUCUUCUGUGCUGGGUGCCCAGAUUGUUGCAGCAAAUGUUACGAAAUUGGCAAAGACACUGAAUGACACUGCAGAUGAUCUCUCAAGGAACCCUGGCAGUGACAUAGAAAAAAUUCAGGAUUCACUGAGGAAACAUUCUGCCCAACUUGUGAUUCUCCAGACAACAACUAUAGAUCCAAUGACUGCCCAAGUAAAUUAUCUCAUUGCCACAACUACUUCACUUCAGGAACACCUUAAAUUUAAUCAUAAUUCGUUAUCUGAUGCCAUUGAUUCUCUUCUUAAAGAAAUUGAUAAAGCACAGAUAUAUCUGGAAACUAAUGCAACACAGAAGAUUCAAGAGCUAACGAAAAGUUUGAUAAAUGAAUUUGUGACUUAUAUUAAGAGCUAUGAGACGCAUGUUGUGCAGUUCACUGUCAAUGAUCUUGGACGAUGUGGGCCAGUAAGCAAGGCCUAUAAUGCAACAGUAGUGGCGACAUGUGAUGAAAUCCUUAAACCAUUUAAUGGGUUCUGGGCAAGCAUUGGAUGGUGCCUACUGCUGUUCAUUCCAGCCAUUGUAAUCAGUUUGAAGCUGACUGGUCUAUAUCAUAAGUUGGAUCCAUAUCAAGGACCUCUUGCAGAAUCUGAGUACUUAUACGAUGCAUAUGCUGAUCGGGAUAAUAUUCCACUCGCCAAUGGCCCUGAUAAAAAGAACCAUCAUCGCCGCUAUAAUGAAACAUAUGAUAAUUCAAGUGGUUACAUGGGUGACUACAAUACGCAUCUAGGACGUGGUGAUCGAAGCAGAGAUCGUACGUCAGCAGGCUACAGCCCUGAAGAUCUCAGAUUUACAGAUAUGGCCCCAAAACACUGGGACUUCUCUAACGGGGGUGUGCCUCGCUACCACAGUCCUCCUCUGUCUACUGAGUAUGAGCGUCCUCCUCCAUAUUACUACCCUGGCCCAGGUGACAGCAGCAGAAGAUAAGCUGUACACACAAGAGAAAAACAUUUUUAAUUCCUGUGAUUGUUUCAUCCUCAGUAGCUCAAGUAGCUCCAGCUUUGUGGGCAGAGUGAGCACAAUAAAGUCCAUGUAUCAUUACUGUAUUUUCAGAAGUUUUUAAUAUCUUAUUGUUGCAUUCAAAACUGUGAUUCUGCAGGACAUGCAUUGCAUUAUUUUUAAAACAUAAACAAAGUGAUAUGUACAAAUUUGCCUCAGUGUAGCUGAUAAAUAGGAUUAGUUAAAUAAAUGUUCUGAACUCUGAAAUGAAAUGUUAAACGUAUGUUAUAUUUUAAUGCAUUGCGUGUUAAUUUUCUUUUUAUAUAUUUGAGGAAAACUGCUGAUGGUGUAUUUGCAGAAAAUGAGUGUCUAUGAAGUAAAAUGGAGUAGCUGGAGAAAAAAAAUAACUUGUCAACAAAGCACCAAUAAUCUUUACUGAACUUUUCAAGUGCUAUAAUGUUAAAUUGUUUGACAACCUUUGAAAUGUUCACAUUUUCAUGGCUAAUAAAUUCUGCUGAAGAAAUAA